UGUGCAGAAAAUUUCUGCACAUUUACUGUUCAUUGCGUCCACCGUUUUCAAGUUUCGAACAUGCUCGCUUAUAUCCGAUACUCAUCUGUUUUCAGAAAUCUUUAUAUCGUUGGAAAGCUAACUCGAUAAACUUCGCAUAGAAACUUCGACGAACAAAUUCCGGUAUAAAUAAAGUCGAUUCCUAUACACAUAUAAUCAAACUAUACACUUGAAACCAUCUCAAAAUAAUCAAUACUCAUACUUAAACUCAUAUAUACCUAACUUAUGAUCAAUACAUAUACUCCAACACAUAUAACCAUGGCUAUGUGGCAACAAUCAUUGCAAUAGAUCUAUAAACCGUUGCAAUAGGUAGUAAAAAAUUGUCACAAAAGAUCAAUAAAAUAGUUGCUAUUGUAAUAGGUACUCAAAAAGUUCUACGACAGAAUAACAAAACUGUUGCAAUAGAUGUUAUUGCAAUGGUUUAAUGUCAUUGCAAUAGAAUCUAUUGUAACGGUUAGUAACCGUUGCAAUAGAUUAAAAUAGGCGUCUCAAUAAGUCAAAAAAUAACCAUCGCCAUAGGUCAAGCUAUAAAGACGGUUGUUUGAAACUGUCGUCAUAGCUCGACUUAUGGCGACGGUUCAGACAAUCGUCGCAUAAACCGUUGCCAUAGACCUAUUGUAACGUCCACCUAUAGGACGCUUGUUGAACCGUUGCGGUAGAGCUAUGGCAAUGAUUUUUUUGUCUGUUUCAAUAGUUUUACAACCGUCACCAUAGGGGUAAUUUCUAGUACAUACAACAAAACCUAGUUUUGCAAAAUCAAAUUUGUCUUCUUUAGCAGCAAAAGUCGUCCAUCGAACACAACUCAUACAAGGGACCUGAUUGAGUGCUCAUUUGUAGUCUUGUGGUGUGUUGACUUUUUUAUGUUCUUAUUCUUAUAUUGUAAAUGUACUCCUGAUUGUAAAGGAUAGUAGAUGUGUAUCUUGUCCAAGUCUUAGCUCGAGUUGAAGCAACUGGAGUUAGUUGUUCGAGUCGUUUGUAAGUUGGCCAAGUGCUUAUUCUCAUCGUUUGUGGUGCUAAGUCCUGGGUGGAAUUGUCUAGGAUCAGUGACUAGAGUUAGCUAGUUGUAAGUGUGGUAGAAGUAAUAAUGAACAUCUAUUUACUAAAGGUGUGACCUAGUAAUAACGAAGUGGAUUGAGAACCAAAUGUCGCAGGUCUAUAUCCCAGCAGAGAAAAAAAAACACUAGGUGAUUCUUCUCAUUUGUUUAAACCUUGGUUGACAAAGUAUCUGGUACCUAUUGUUGGUGGGAGGUGAUAGGUUUCACGUGGAUUUAGUCGAGGUACGCAAAAGCUAUCCCGGAUACCACGAUUAUCAAGAAAAUUUACAUAUCUAUUUUUAGUAAAGUGAACAAGUAAAAGUGAACGGAAAAUAUAAAGUAUGUACUUCCAACCUAAAAUAUUUUAAAAGAUUUUUUUCUAUUUCAUAUGUCAUCUUUAAUCGCAAUAAAAAAGAUAUAAUUUUAUUAGGUACUAAAAAUUUAUUAAAGAGUAAAUAAAUCAAUAAAGACUUAGUAAAAAUUGGGUGGGAUGAGUUAUAACUCAUCACCUAAUGCAUUUUGACCAAACAUAUUUUGACCCAAAUAAAAUUGCAUUUGGUUGGGUCUUGACCUGUUUAUUAUCUUAACCCAUUCUGACCCGUCCAAAUUUAACCCAACCCACUUAAUUGCCACCUCUAAAUACUACUCCCUCCUUUUAAUUUCUUUUAAAAAUUUAUUUCAAAAAGGAUUUUUAUUCUUUUUUCUAUAUCUCUUUAAUUUUAAUUUUCUUCAUGACAUAGUUAACACCAUAAAUCUAUAAAAUAUUUUAAUACAUUCUUCUGUGUUUAGCUUAACAUCACAAACAUUUAGAAAACAAUUAAUUUUAAAGUUCGUACCAAAUCCAAAUCAACAAAUAAAUUACAACGAAGUAAUGUUAAAUGAAAAGUCAAGGUUUACUUUGUGGGCUUGAUGACUCAUGCAUAAUUCCUUUUGCCUCGGAGAUUGUGGGGCCAUUUGCGCUCUACGACGGGACAUGUACAAAACAAAAAGUGACCCCGGAACCAAAAUAUGCCCUACAACUAAAAAAGAACCAAUUAUGGAUUGUGCACUUAAAAAGUACACAAUCCAAAAAAAAUGGAUUGUGCACUUAAUAAGUGCACAAUAUGUAUUCACUUUUUACAAACCUGAUUCACAUUUUCACUUUUCAUCUUCCCCAUUUCAAUUUUCUCUCUAAAAAAGACCGUUGGUCCCCCCCCCCCCCAUUUCUCUAAAAAUUAGGUCGUUUUCCCCUUUUAUCUCUCUUAAACUUUCAAUAUUUUGGUCCCCCACUUUGAUUGUAAUGGUCCCCUCAGUUUGUAUUAUUUGAAAAAAAAAUUCAACAGUGGUGGUCCUUUGAUGAUCCAGAAGUUUAUUGUUACUUUUGUCGGUUAAAGUGGUAUAAAAGCAUUAAAAAAAGGUUAGUUUUACCCCAUUGUUAGUUGAAAUUUAAUUUUUUAAUUAUGUUAAAAGGUGCAUUUUUUAUAUUGUUUAUUGCUAUAUAUUCAAAAUGAAAAAAAAUGGAUUGUAACGUGGUUGUAUGUAUGUGAUCAUUUUUUAAUCAUGUUAAAGUUGUACUUUUGAUCGAUUUGAAGUUUGUUAGCUUUAUCUAUUUGAAAGUGAUUUUUUUAAAAAAGUCAUGCUCUUAAACAUGCUGUAAAUUGGGGGUUAAAAAGGAGAAUAAUGGGGUUUUAAGAAUUGAUGCUAGACUUUGUGGUAAUUUUAGAUGUUUGUUGCUCUAGCUGUUGGUCCAAAAGGGUGACUAAACUUUUGAAAUGGAAAAGGCAUGAUAUGUUUGUCCAAAAGGGUGACUAAAGUUUUGAAAUGGAAAAGGCAUGUUGUGCUUGUCCAAAAGGAAGACUAAAGUUUUUAACAUACUAGUAUUAAAUUAAGAAGGAAUUGACAAUCAAUGUUGACUAUCAGUUUGCCUGUUUCUAGAAUUCUAUUUUUUUAUGUUAAGGAAUUUUAAUGGAAAAUGCAAAUGAAUUUAAGAAUGACAAUUAGUCCAUUAUGUUUCAACUUUCAAAGAUUGAAAUACUAAUGAAUUGAACGUUAACAUCAUCAUUUUUGUCGCCUUUCUUCAUCUCUCUUGAUUGACCCUAGUGGUAACGAAAUUAUAAUAUAAUAUAAAGAAAUAGUUUCUAAUGUUAAUGAAAUUUGGUGUAUAGGUCUAUAUAAUGCAACACAUAUUGCAUCCUGGGACCAUUGAUAAGUCAUUACUUAAAUUACAAGCGAGUCACAGAUCACAAAAGUUGUGGAAUGAAAAUAUUGAUUGUAAUGAGGCUGUGGAACCAAAAAUAUGUGACGCGGCAUGGACGUUUUUUGAUAACCGCCCCCAUCAGCGCGUCAUAGAGUAUAUUUCCAGGGUGGGGUUAUGGGAUGUUGUCAGGGUAGGUAAGAUACAGCUUGACCAUAGUCUCAUCACGGCCAUGAUUGAGCAGUGGAGGCCAGAGACGUACACUUUCCACCUACCCUAUGGAGAGGUUACUAUGACCCUACAAGAUGUCCAAAUUUUGUUUGGACUACGUGUUGAGGGAUUACCUGUGGUAUUUCCAAAUCUACUAUACCGUAAUUUUGACUGGGAUAGGUUGUUACAAGUUCACACUGGAUUCGCUCCUGCACCGGGUGAUUUUACAGGGAAUAUCCUCCUUAACAUUAGUGUAUUAAUCAAGUAUAUUCGGCAGCAGGUGAAUCAAGAUCCUAUUACUGAUGCGACUCUUGAUGAUAGGGUUCUGAGGAUAGCUCGACUAUUAAUGUUGUUGAUUUUAGGAGCUAUCCUAUUCCCGAACACAUCGGGGAGUUCCUUGAGUUUGCGAUUCUUGAAUUUUGUUAUUGAUCUCGAUUUGACGGGGACCUACAGCUGGGGCAGUGCUGUUCUUGCCUAUCUUUACUGGUGUCUUUGUAGGAUACCGAUUGAUGGGAUCAAACUUGGAGGAUUCCUUCCUCUACUCCAGUUAUGUUAUCUUAUAAUGUUAGUUUCAGUUUGUUUGUUCGUUAUUUUAGUUAACAUUAACUAUUAUGUAACUUUUAGAUAUGGACUUGGGAGAGGGUCCUGCCCUUCCAACCAGUACCGGUUGGUGAUAUUGAUGCGGAUGAGCUUUUGAUGCCAUAUGGAAGAAAGUGAACGCGAGGUAAGAGGCGUAAGCGCGAUACAGAGGUACACCACGCCCUAGUCCCCAUGAGAGAGCAGUUUAUGUGGACACCUUAUCGUGACAUCUUUCAUACUUUACCUCAUUGUUGCACAUCUGGUCAGGCGAUGUGGUGGACGCGAGUGCCAAUGUUAUGCUUAGAAUUCAUAGAGUGGCAAGCAGACAGAGUAAUGCGACAGUUCGAUCUUCCACAACACAUUCCAGAGGCUCCUCUAUGGCAAGCAAAUCAUGCUAGGCAUGAUGAUCGAUCUCUAGUUGACCAACAGUUCAUUGCAGAACAUAACCAAUCUAUUUAUAUGUGGAACCAUUGGCUACCUACAGUUGUGGAGGUACAUCACGGUGCCAAUUUAAAUGCCUCUAUGGGGUGGUUUUGCGACAUAGUCGGUUGUUAUUGGGCAACCCCACUCUCAGAGGUUCUAGGUGCGUCGCGAUUGCUCUUCACAUGAGGCGAUGCGUAGAAGCCUUAAGCAGCUGUACGACAUGACUUUAGUUUGGACGUUGAGUCCGAAUCCAGAGACUAGGGAGCAUGGAACGGAGAUUUCUGAUGAUAUUAGAAGGAUUUUUGACCAGGCAAAUUAGGCCUUUCAGGGCCUGCAGUUCCGGACGAACUCUACUAACAGCUACUCAGGAUGCGUGGACGAGGGAGGGGAAGAUGUGGACGUGGUAAUGCAGUUGUGCAUAGAGGAGGACGUGGUUGAGGACGUGGACGUGGAUACGGUGUCUUCAUACACGAGGGAGUAGAAGACGUUCCAUUACUUUCGGCUCCUAAGCCAGAGCCUGAAGCAGCGACAGAUGAUGACCCAGUUGGACAUCAUGAUCAAGUUCAUUCGCCACCUUUUGAACCAUCACCGUUCACGCCAGGUUCUUCAUCCAUGCCCGAGUCCCAUCAUUUCUCGACAUAUGUUGCACCUGCUUGGGUUGAUGAACCCAACCCACAGUCAUAUUGUUACAUGCCCUAUCGAGACUUGACAUGCACUCUACGUUUGAGUUUUGGCUCCGCAGAGUUUGGAGAUGUUGCGCAGACUCAGGAUUUGGUUUGCACCACGUCAUCCAUUCCGGUUCAAACCCCCAAAAUGGUUCCCCAGACAGUCGCAGAGCUUCCCUCUGACAGGAAGAUUCCAGAUUUAGCAGCUUCUGUUGUUCAGGAUGCAUCUCAUGGACCAAUAGAUGUGAUGGAGGAGACACGGGUUCCGGCACAUAUGAAGAAUCGUAAAAGCAAACAUUGUGCUGAUCCGGUUGCUGCUAUAAAGAGGAGAGACAACAGGGAUGGAUACUAUGAUACGCAUGGGGGGCUUAGGCCGCGGGAGUCGAUAUGAUUUAGGAGUUGCGGCACAUAGUUAUGUAAAUAUCCUGACAGAAUACCGGUAUAGUUUUAGAAUACCAGUGUUGUCCUGCGCAUAGCGGGAGUUUUAGUGUACCGGUCUGCCGAGGGAAUCUGUAUAUUUAUCCGAAUUCAAGAUUUAAGGUUCUUUCAUUAUUUAGUUGUGAUGGUUUUACCACUGAUGGGAUUAGUAGCAUUGCUACUCACUGCAAGUAAGUUGUUUUUAAGCUGUAGUAAUGUCUGCUCUUAAAAUGUGUGUAAUGAUGGAUCACAAGUAGAGUUUGUUACAGUAAUGUUCAAGUUGUCCUUUAUUAAUCACUUUUGAAUUUUGAAUUCACAGAUUACAAUCUCUCUUGAAGUUCUAUUAAAGAAAGUGUGCAGAAACAUCAUGCAGUGCAGCCAAGGAAGUCUAACAGCAGACUAGUCUCCACACGUAAGGUGUUGGAUUCUGCCAAGGUCACAGGUGAUAUUGGAUACAAACCAAUCAAGGACUUGAAGCGCAAGCGGGAAGGAAAGAAGGCAAUUACCAAACAAGUACUUCCAGAGCGAAGUGCUGUGAAACCAAAAUCGAAGGCUCUUGGAAUUCAAACAAGAGCACAAACUGGACAAGAACUCCCAAAGCAAAGUGCUGUGAGAACAAGAUCAAUGGCUCUUGGAAUUCAAACUAGACACAAACUGGAAAAUCUUCAAUCAGGAUGACAUCUUAGAUUUCUAUGGUUAGGUUGUUUUUGCUGAAAUUUUGGUAUGUAACAGACAAUGUAGCAAUGUAGCUUAAUGUACGAUUGUUUUGCUAGCCAACUUUUAUCGUGCCGAUGACAAUUGGUGCUAUUGUCUAGAUUUGGAAGCACUGUCGUGAUGUCUAGUUGGUGUUUAUGUUUAACUUUAUGUUUAUUAACCAGCUUCACUUGAGCAAGAAAUAUUUCUCACC